AUGAAGUUCGGAUUCAUCAUCCUGCUAUCCACAGCAGUUACUGCUGCUGGCGACGAGAAUACACGAUGGUGUAAUCACGAACCAAGUGACUCCGACCUUACUUGUGAUGGUGGACCAUUCGUCUCCUGUAAUUAUGCGGGUGCUGGUCUCAUCGGUCAUGCCGCCUGCGUAAGAACGUUCACCAGCCACGGCCAUGUCAAUACCAUCCAAUAUACCUGUGCUAAAUGGUGA